AUGAACGACGAACACGCUGCCGCCUCUUGGCCGCAUCUCUCCACCUCGGCCUCUACGACGGCGUCGAAUACGGCGCCACCCACGCCACCCUCGCAUCGCGCACCUGCGAGCGCAAAAGACGAAUUCGACGAGCAGACCGGGUUGCCGGCGCUGCAUCUGCUCAAUAUGGCGUGCGACGAUGCAGUGUCGGAUGGGAGCGACGAGGCGGACGGAUUCUUUGCGCUCGAUAUGGACGUGAGCAUCGAUGAAAGCCUGGACGCCUCCUCGGCAUCUGCACACGCGCAUCCGGCACUACGCCGCGCAUCCGAGUGCACCUACUCGUCGUCUCCACUCCAGAACGUCGGACUGGACCCGGUCAUCGCCUGUCGCUCGCGCACUUCGCCCACGCACUCGGACACGCCCGCCGUAGCCGAAACAGCCUCGCCGGCGAGCUUUGGACCCAUCGCGCCCGAGGUGGAUCAGAAGGGCAACCUCGAAUACAAGCUCAAGAUCCUGCCACCGAGCAGGGAGCGCUUCGACCGAUUGGCGACGCAGCUCAAGUGGCGGCUGCUCGAGGGUGGAGGCGUGGCCGUGUACGAGAUCGGCGUGCUGGACGACGGCACGCUCAUCGGGCUCGAUCCCGACUCGAUGAAGGACUCGCUCAAGCUGCUUGCCCUCAUGGCAGGCGAGGUGGGCGCCGAGUGCAACGUGCACCGCGUCCUGGCGCUCGAACGCAUUGCGGCUGCAUCCGAACUGAGCCUACGUGCGCUGGCGCCGCAAGAGGCAGUCGAGUGUCUGCAGCCGUACAUUGCAUCAGCAUCGGCGGCGGAGGCGGAGCUGCAAGAGGAUGUGCGCAAGCAGCUCAUGCACGAGGGCAAGGCGGGAAUGUACAGCUUUGACAUCGCCGAACAGCAGCAGCAGCACAUGCCUACCGCGCUGCAUCCUUCGCCGUCCAAGAUGGCUUCCCGCUCCAGCAGCAAUAAGCGCACGCUGGACGUCGACGCUUCGACAGUGGUGUACCUGCCGUCCAAAGAGGAGAAGCGUCUCAUGCGGGCCGAGGCGCAGGCACAGGCACAGGCACAGGCGGAGGCCGAGGUGGAAGCGGACGAGCGCAGCAUGAACAAGAUGACACGCGUCGCCGACUCGGUGCAGCCCAAGACGGCGAGGGCGCGGGCACGCACGCAGAGGCACACGGUUUCGGGCUACGAGAGCGUCCUCGCCGCAGCCGGCGUGCUGUCCGAGCGUGCUGCGCGCAAGCUGCUCAUCGUCGAAGCAGUCCGCGCCAUGCAGGCACCCACCGGCCGCUCACUCAUGCACCUCGGACUUUCCGGCCUCCAAGCCCAGGCCCACGGGAAGCGCGUGCACGCCCCGACUGCGACUGACAGAAGCCUGACAGCCCGUUCCAGCGCUCCGGUAUCGGCUCUCCCGCCCGCAAGGGUUCAACUGUCCAGAAACGCACCGUGGGUCCCGCGGGUGCAGCUUCAGCCAGGCGCUUCAGCCAUACGCUUCGAGCGCAGAUGGGAUUAUCCGCAGUCACUCCGGCUCACCCGACACACACAGUCAUCCAAGUCUCCCACGCCGCCAACAUCGGCACUCCCGUUGAAUCACAUGUGGGAACAGCCCAUCAGCGCGCGCUCUCAGCCAUGGAUGGACAGUUGUCUAUAUAACCAGGCACCCACUCGAAGCAGAAGAAGCGAGAGCCCCCCUCCCCUCGUCAAGUCGCUUCUCUAUACCCCCACUCUCUAUCCCCACCUGGAAACGCAAUCAUCCCCUCUCCACUUCCCUGUUGGCCUCAUGAACGUCUUGGGUCUAGGACGAAACACACUGCAAAAGCUCAGCCGAUCCACGUCCGGUGCCAGCAUGUCUAACCUCGCCGAGGCCGACGUCGACGUCGACGCUCCCGUCAAGCCCCACUUUGGCCGCACCGAGAGCCACCUCACCGCGCUCACCGAGUCGAGCGACACGGCCACGAUGCAGCUCGACGACACGCCCCUCACCACUCCCUCGGUCACCGACCACCAGCCCAGCUUCCUCACCAUGCACCAGCCCUCCAUCGACAUCCGCAGAGGCCUCGUCGUCCUCAUCGACGACCUCACCGACCAGCACUUUGUCGACUGCGACCUCGAGUGCUUCCUCGAAUCGCUCGCACACGAGCGUCUCCUCCACAUGCCCCGCAAGAACUCGGCCUGGGACAAGGUGCUCCGACAGGCAGAGGAGAUCGGCGCUCAGCUCAACCACUUCUCCCACCUCGCUGCAGACGAACACUCGCUCAAGACCAGCCUCGUCGCCAUAAGACUCCUCCUCCAAGUCGGCCACCACCAGGCUCACGCCCUCCGUCCGCUCUUUGAGCUGCUCUCCCACGUUGCUCACCUCCUCAUCCGCUCGCUCCACACCAGCACCCCUUACCAGGCCCACUCGCAGCCCCUCCGCUCGCUCCUCCACUCGCUCUUCUCCCGAUACAUGUCGCUCAGCGCAGACCUCGCACGCCACGUUCGCUCGCGCAUGAACCGUCUCAGCCCCACCAGCUCCGAGUCGAUCGACAUUGGUGCCCACUUUGCCGACGCCAUCGACGCCAUCGACCUCGACCGCAUCAGGCUCGACCGCCUCGUCUGGAGGCUCGCCCUCGUCCAGCACGCCGUCCACCCGGCCGUCGCGACGCUCGACAUCCUCCACCACCUCGAGGGCAAGUCGGCUCCCAGCCUCAAGUCGCGCCUCUUUGCCAGCCUCAAGCGCCAGGCCACCGUCGAGCCCGAAACGUGCGAGUGGUUCCAGACCCCGCUGCUCGGCUUCCUCCGCGGCCGAGACGACGUCCUCCAGAUCACCGGCAAGCCCGGCACAGGAAAGUCGUCGCUCGCCGUGUGGACCCAGGAGCGUCUGCGCCGCACGCUCGGUCGCAAGUCUUACGACGUCCUCCUCAUCGACCAGCACGACUCGCACUCGCUCGUCGACCUCGCCAAGUCGCUCCUCGCACAGAUCUGGCACCACAACAUCGGCGACGUCGAGCUCCACUCGGACCUCGCACACGUCAUCUCGCACGACCACGACGACGACUCGCUCGCUCAGGCGCUCUGGGACGUCCUCGCCAACACGCUCGCCCGCAUCACGUACGACAACGACAUGCUCCUCCUCGUCGACGGUCUCAGCACCCGCCACAACAAGGCGUUUCAGCAGCUGCGCCAGUGCGUCGAGCGCAGCCCUCGCGCCCGCAUGGUCACGUUUGGCGGUGCCUGCGCCGACGACCUGCCCGACUACAAGAUUACGCGCGACGUCAACGCCAAGGACCUCGCCGUCUACCUGCGCAACGGCCUUUCCAGCCAAGGCGUCCCGCACGACGAGACGCUGAUCGAGUCCUUGCUCGAACGCGCCAGCGGCUCGUUCCUCUGGGCCUACCUCUACCUCGAGCUCUUGCGUCUGCAUCCCACAGAGGACAAGGACUGCACGCUCGAUGUCCACAGGCUUCUGCACGAGCAUGCCAAGCACCUCGGCGAGGCGGGCGAGCGGCUGGUCCAGCUGAUGCUCAUCGCCAGGCGUCCACUCUGCUGGACCGAGCUCGAGGCGCUCAUGCGUCCCGACAUGCUCGAGGCCGCGCGUGCCUCGCCGCACGCCUCCAUCUUCUUCCAAGAGAUCAGCGGCCACCUCCACUUCCGCCACGCCACCAUCCGCAGCUUUGCCCGCGAACAUCUGCUCAACGACGAGCAGAUGGUGCACAGGCGCAUGCUGCGCAGGCUCCUCGUCUCGGUCGCCGCCGAAUUCACCGAUGUGGCGCUCCCGCGCCUCGAGCUGCUCAGCGCCAAGGAGCUCGACGCCGCCAUCCACGCGGGCAGCGCCGUCGAGUACACCGUCCUCUUCUGGCACCACCACUUUGAGCGCUCCGGCCUCGAGGCAAAGGAGCUCGCCGACUGGUUCCCGCGCUCCACACAGUUUGCGCUCCUCGAGUGGUCCUACUGGAACCACCACCGUCACAUUGACCACCACAAGCUCGGCCUAGAGGUGCGCAAGGCGUGCUUCGGCAAGGACCACCUGUCGGUCAUGCAGAUGUACCUCGCCCUCGCAUGCAUCCAUCGCGGCCACCACCAGCUCUCGGAGGCCGCCGAGUACUUCUUCUACGCCUGCAAGCUCGGCCAAGAGGGCAAGUGCAUCGACCGUUUCUCGCUCGUCGUCACCAUGUGCGCCUCGCUCUUCCUCACCUGCACCGAGACGCUCGUGUUUGUCGAGAGGACCGAGCUGUGCACCAUGCGCGAGCACAUGAUCCGCUUCACCAUCGAGAUCUGCCGCCGCCAGCACGGCGAGCACAGCGAACAGGUCAUCCACUGGUACCAGGUGCUCAUCCAGCUCCUCGUCGGCAUCAAGGACCACGCCGCCGUCAUCAUCGUCUACCGCGAGCUCUACCACAUCUUCCUCCACCUCCACGGCCCGCGUCACGAGCGCACCAAGCACAUCUGCAACGAGAUGGCCGGCCUCGAGAUCGUCGUGCACGGCCAAGAUACCGAGCUCAUCGACACCUACGUCACCUCGAUCCUCGAGACAGUCGACGAGGAGGAGGACGAGCACGAGCACGAUGCGCGCAUCCUGGUGCUGCUGCGACUCGCACGCGGCUAUGCCAAGCACCACCACCACUGGCACCACGCUUGCCGUCUCUACCUCACCAUCUGGCGCCGACUCGGCGAAAUCUGCCGCCGCCAGUGGUCGCUCGACAUGGUGCUGCUCAAGAUCGACGUCUGCAUCGAAUACGCCAAGCUGCUCCACGCUCACGGCAGCGUCGCCGAGGCGCACGACAUCCUUGUCGUGCUCUGGGCCGAGUUCCACCACCACGAGUGCAAGGAGUACGACAUUAUCAUCCGCCUCAAGCAGCUCGGCCUGGUGCUGCGCAGCUUUGGCCUGCUCUCGGUGUGCUACGAGAUCUUUGUCAAGCUCUUUGGCUGGUUCAAGGGCUGCGGCCGCCCUUACGACGACGAAGCGCACGAGGUCACCGUGAUCGUCACCGAGGUGACUGAAGAGAUCGAGGAGGUCACGCGCAAGACCAAGACCACCACCAAGAUCACCAUCACCGAGACCGUGACGCGCGAGGUGUUCGAGACACACUACGAGCGCUGCAUCCGCACCAAGAAGGGCGACAAGCACCUGUACAAGGCGUGCCUGCUGCUCAUCAACCAGCUCAUCGCCUGCAGCAAGUACGAGGAGAUCGAGAUCGUCGUCACCCGCACCAUCGAGCUUGCCUGGUCCGCGUUCCUUGACGUCAGCGUCGACAUCUCGAUCCCCGGCGAGCACGUGCGCGAGAUCCUGCUGCUCGUAGGCCAGCUCGCCCACUGCCACCGCAAGAGGGGCCACUACGACGUCGCCGAGCGCUACUACCUGCGCAUCUGGUGGGCCUGCCGACACAGCUUUGCCAUGGACCACGAGCACGUCACCCACGCCUUCUGGGCGCUCAUCGGCUUCUACGAGGACCACUACCGCUACGACAAGGUCAUCGAGCUGUACGUCGAGGUGCUCGAGCUCUACCGCGCGCAUUGCGGCGCUCACCACACGCUCACCCUCCAGCUCAUGUACAAGCUCGGCAGGCUGUGCAAGAGGAUGGGCAGCCACAACUACAUCCAGUACUUUAUCGACAUCUACACGGUGCUCGAGGCACACCACGGCCAUUGCCACCCGGAUGCAUGGGAGGCGGCGUGGGAGAUCUGCGAGUGGCGCUUCGACCAUUGCCACUGGGGCUCGCUCCUCGAGAUCUGCGGCACGCUGUGGCAGGUCUUUGUGCACGGAGGCCACGAUGACGGCCACCACCACCACGACUUUUUCACCGCCGACGUCAUCAUGGUGCUGUACGAGCGCUACGUCAAGGGACUCGAGGUGCACGUCGGCUUCCACUUUGAGGAGCACUACAAGCUCACCAUCGAGCUGCGCGACGUGAUCAAGGUGCGCUUCGGUGUCGACCACACGCUGCUCAUCCGGGCGCUCAUUGCGCUCGCCAAGAUCUGCGAGUACAGCGAGGAGCACCACCACGAGGCGGUCACGCUGUACGAAGAGGUGAUCACGCGCACGCGCACCGUCACGGUCGAGACCAUCACCGAGGAAGAGGUGACGGUGGUCAAGAAGCGCCUCACCAAGGUGUACGUCACCAUCAUCGAGAAGGGCGGCCACCACCACCACCCCGAGCUGGGCGAGAAUGCGCUGCGCAUCUGCAUGGAGAUGUACCUCCAGCUCAAGGCCGAGCUGGGCUGCUGGCACGAGCUGACGCUGUUUGCGCUCGAGAAGGUGCUCAUCAUCCACUUUGCGCUCGGCGGAGAGCACCACCACGCGCAGAUCCUGGUCCUGCUCCAGGCGACGGUGGUGCAAGUGCUCGGCACCUGCCACGAGUCGAUGGUGCUGCACCGCGUCGCCAUCCACAUGUCCAAGAUGCUCAUCCGCUUCAAGGUGGCAGCGUGGGCGAUCUCGCUGCUGUGCAAGCUGCAGCACCUGAUCGUGCUGCCGGAUAUGCCGUGCGAGCACGACCACGACAUCGAGUGGACGCACGCGCACGGCACGGAAAAGAUGUCGCUCGUGUUUAUCGUCGCGUGCCUGCACAGCCUGGGCCACUACGAGGAGCGCUCCUUCUCCGAGGUGAUGGCGGCUGUCCUGCUCGAGAUGCAGCUCUACCGACAGUACAGCUACGAAAGCCGCCGCGAGGUGGUCGAGAUGGUGGUGCUCCUCCAGGCUACUGCACGUCUGCACUGCUUCUGGCACGCUGUCGGCCGUACCGCCCUCUGCCGCUCCAUCCUCUCGCAGGUCCUGGUGCACUUCCGCGCCUCGGAGCUCGGCGACUGCCUGGCUAACGAAGUGUCGGACGAGGUGGUCAUCGUGCUGCUCGAGGCGGUGCUUUCGCACACGGACGGAGAGAAGCACGUCAAGGACGUCGCCUACCUCUUCUGCCAUGCCGUCAACCACCGCGUCAGCCAGCUGCUCGAGGCGGGCGACUUCUCGACGGCGCACGAGCUCGCAAAGUGCGGCCUGAAGCUCGCGCGCCACCACCGCUUCUACCACAAGCACGUGGCGCUGGGCUACAAGCUCGCCGAGUACAUGGCUGGCAUCGACGUACCGGCGAGCACGAGCAAGAAGCUCAGCCGGGCGAUGCGCCAGACGUCGCGUGCCAUCACGGACGAGGUGCUGUGUGCGCUGCGCGAGGCCGAGAUCGAGCUCGUGUCGCUGCGCUUCGACGACGUGCGCGGCCUGGUGCGUCUUCUGGGCGCCCAGUCGAACUACAGCUCGCUCGAGGCGGUGCUCGAGCAGCUGUGGCGGUCGAGGGAGGUGCAGCGGAGCUGGGAGCCGGCGACGGUGGUGUCGGUCGGGCACGCGCUCGUGCAUGCGCACGUGGCUGCUGGCCAUCUGGACGCGGCUCUGUCGCUGUGCGACACGCUGUGCUACAACCUGCGCCACUCGGGCGACGGGCUGGACGACGAGGCGGAGGUGCUGCGCGAGGUCGACGAGGACGGCACCUCGGAGCUGUUCGAGCGCUGGGCGGGCAAGCAGCUCCAGAUGCUGCGCUUUGCAUAUGCGCGCAACGGUGGCUUUGCCAACAGCAGCUCGACGUACCGCGACCUGUUUGCCUCGCUCGCCACGCGCGGGCUCGACUGCCACCACGAGGCGUGGGAGCUGCAUGCGGGCGACGAGCAUGCACAGCCGCACACGGGCGGCUACGUUGCGCCCGACAACUGGUUCCUGCUGUCCACCACCGCCGUCGCACAGCCUGGACACGCCGAUGCGCACGCACACGUGCACGCGCACAAGGACAAGCCCAGCAUGCGCCGCGGCCGCCACUCGCUCACCGACAUUGUGCUGCGCCGCUCGCGCGGCUGCCGCGUCUCCGCCGCCGACAAGAUGCACGGCGCUCGCACGUCUCUGCCUGCACAGGCUGCCUAA